CUUCCGAGCCCAGUCAAGCCAACAACCAAAUCAAAUCAAAGCCAAGCAAAGGGGGAGCAGAGCACCAGCAGCCACCAGCUCCAGCUACCUGGUCAUCCCACCCGCCCCCUCCUCCGACCUUCCAUCCAGCAACUCGAACCAACUCCAUUCCGGGAUUCAUGGCGGCGGCGAAGUCCAUCGAGCGGCUCGCGGCGCGCCGCGUGGUCCCGGCCGAGCCCACGCCGGCCGGCCCGCUCCGCCUCUCGUGGCUGGACCGGUACCCGACGCAGAUGGCGCUGAUCGAGUCGCUCCACGUGUUCAAGCCGGCCCCCGACCGGGCCGUCGCCGACGCCUCCGCGAGCCCGGCCAGGACGAUCGAGCGCGCCCUGGCUCGCGCAUUGGUGCACUACUACCCGCUGGCCGGCCGGCUGGUCCUCUCGGAGGACGGUGCGCAGCAGGCGGUGGACUGCAGCAACGCCGGCGUGUGGUUCACGGAGGCCGCGGCGGCGUGCAGCCUCGAGGACGUGGACUACCUGGAGGCCCCGCUGAUGAUUCCCAAGGACGAGGUCCUCCCGCCCACCCCCGCCGCCGGCGAGGAGGACGAGCGCGCGCUCGUCCUGCUCGUCCAGGUCACCUCCUUCGCGUGCGGCGGCUUCGUCGUCGGGUUCCGGUUCAGCCACGCGGUCGCCGACGGUCCCGGCGCCGCGCAGUUCAUGAACGCCGUCGGCGAGCUGGCGCGGGGCGGGGAGGUCGUGUCCGUCGAGCCGCAGUGGGGCCGCGACGCGAUCCCUGACCCCGCGGGCGCCAUGGGUGGCUUCCCGACCCCCGACGGCGCCAAGCGGCUCGAGUACUCGGCAUCGACAUCUCGCCGACUACAUCAACACUUCAGCCAGUACAGCGCGGGCGGCGGCUGGUGCUCGGCGUUCGAGGUGCUGAUCGCCAAGGCGUGGCAGAGCCGCACCCGGGCCGCCGGGUUCGAGCCGGACUCCCCCGUCCACCUAUGCUUCGCUAUGAACGCGCGCCCGAUGCUGCACGCCUCCCUCCCGCACGGCGGCGCCGGGUUCUACGGCAACUGCUACUACAUCAUGCGCGUGUCGGCGCCGGCGGGGAAGGUGGCGGGCUCCUCCGUCACGGAGGUGGUCAAGAUCAUCAAGGACGGGAAGCGGCGCAUGCCGGCCGAGUUCACGCGGUGGGCGGCGGGGGAGAUGGGCGCCGGCGGCGUCGACCCCUACCAGAUCACCUCCGACUACCGGACGCUGCUUGUGUCCGACUGGACGCGGCUCGGGUUCGCGGAGGUGGACUACGGGUGGGGCCCGCCCGCGCACGUCGUGCCGCUGACAAACCUGGACUACAUCGCCACGUGUAUCCUGGUGAAGCCCUGGGUCCACAAGCCAGGGGCGCGGCUUAUCACGCAGUGCGUCACCCCGGACCGCGUCGCCGCUUUCCACGAGGGCAUGCUCGACAUGAACUGAUGAACAGGUCUGUUCUCUCUUCUCUGGAGGAGAGGGAAGAGCGAGUCAAUCAGAGAGAAGCCGAAGGCGAAAAGGAAGCUCGUGAUCAAGGUUAAUGACGUGAUUAGGCGGGUAAUUAGAAAUGGUUGUUGGUGUCAUGUGGGGAUUGGUAUUGUAUUAGUUAACUAAUGGGUGGGAUUGGAUGGGUGGUGUUGGUUAGCGAUGUGUGCGUAGCACCGCCUGAAUAACUGAGCUCCUGAAUUCAGGAAGGUUUUGGGGAACUGAAUUGUACUUGCAUUUGGUGGGAAGCCACCACCUGAUUACACCAAUAUUGAAUUAUUAUUUUUAUCUUCGAUCA